ACAACGCGCAUAAAUGCAGGCUCCAUAUGCUGCUUCCGAUGCAUCACAGAAGAUAGUAUCUGGAACAUACUCGUCCCAACCAGCUUUCUGCAACCAUAAUUCCUGCAUCAUCAUCUUGGCCCGAAUGACAAUCGGGGAGAUCAGGCCCAGCGGAUCGAACAUGCGAGCUACGUUAGAUAGAAUGGAUCGCUUUGUCGGAAUGGACACAUCACUGGAUAUUGCGGAUUCGAAAGAUAAAACGUCAUGCUCUGGCUCCCAUGAAACACCAAGAGCCUUACGUCUCGCGUGUGGUAAGAAUUGCCGCGCUGACUGUGUGCCGAUUUGA